AUGGCCUCAUGCUUUAGAUGCGAGCAGUCUUGGCACUUUGCUAGGGAGUACCCUAAGGUGAGCCAAGUAGGCAUGGCUGGUGCAAUGCUCCUAGAUUCUGCUUGCGAUUUAGCGAAUUCUAAAGCAUUGAUAUAUGCAACACAAUGUUACCUACCAUCGUUCAUGACAGAUAAAGAUGCAAUGCACUUAGCAUGUUCUCAGCAGCUAUUCCAUACAUCAUGCUGGGGGUUCAAAGCUGACUAUAAGAAGCAUUUGAGAAACCAAUCGUACCAACAAUCCAGCAAUAAGCCAGCUGUGCCUGAACUAAUGGCCAGAUUCCUGCAUUCCAUCUUCCCCCUUUGUUUCCAGUGUAUCAUUGUAACUUCAGUACUAGGUUUUAUUCCAAAGUUUAUUCAUUCAUUAACCCUGCAAUCUGAUAUCCAAGUACUUCGUACCCUGAAGCAUUCAUUUGAUCCCAACUCGAUCUCCUCAACAUCAUACCUUAAUACUUGGGACUUCAUGGCAGAUCCGUGCGACUGUGCAGGUGAACAGUUUCUUGGAAUUUUAUGUCGUAUUCCUCUGGAUGAUUCUCCUAGCAGGAUUAUAUCAAUUGAUCUCGAUGGCGCUGGAUAUGACGGGUUUCUGACACCAUCAAUUGGGAACCUGACCGAGCUCACCAUUCUCAACCUCAGUAAGAACAAGAUUCACAGAACAAUACCCGAAACCAUAUCCAAACUUAGAAAGCUCACCAGACUUUCCCUGGCAGCCAAUUCCCUCGUAGGCACCAUUCCUAAUGAAAUCACUCUGCUCAAGAAUCUUGAACAUCUAGACCUUUCAGGAAACAGACUCUCUGGCUCAAUUCCAACUAAUAUAUCUGGAUUACGAAGCUUGACCUACUUAAGCUUGUCCGGCAACACACUCACAGGCACGAUCCCAGACCUAACAGGAUUGUGGCAGCUAAACUAUCUAGAUCUGGGUUCCAAUCAGCUCUAUGGAAACUUGCCAUAUUUUCCUGUGAGAUUGACAACACUUUCAAUAAACUAUAAUAUACUUACAGGCCACAUCUCUCCAAUUAAGAAGCUCAAAGACCUCAUCCGGCUAGAUGUAAGUGGUAAUAGGCUUUCAGGGGUCAUUAGCAGAGACAUUCUUUCAUUACCUAGACUGGUUUACCUGAAUGUUUCAAAUAAUCACUUUACUGCAACAGAGUUGGUCAACUUCUCUGCAUUAGGGACGGAACUUCAAGUGCUUGAUGCACAAAACAACCAAUUCCAUGGUUAUCUGCCUGCCAAUUUGGUUAAAAUUCAGAACUUAUCCACAAUUAAUCUGGCACAUAAUCAAUUCUAUGGUCCAAUACCAAGAGGAUACGGAGCCAAACUAGAGCGACCAUGGAGAAUCCUGCAGCGUUGCCAGAAACUGCCUUAG